AUGGAAAACGAUGCCGGAAAAACAUUUAUAAAAGCACAAGAUAGGAAAAGAAGGUCACAGCAAAUAAUGGAAAUUCAUAAAAGAGGAGAGAGGGAUACAAAAACCCUAGAACAAUUAUUACAUAAAGCAAUGGGCAUCAUGGAGAGUAUACCGGAUCAAAUAUACGGAUCCAUGAAAAGGGAGGUGAAAGACUACCUGGAAAAAGCAGCGGAAACAGGCCUACUUACACUCUUUGAAAUUAGUAAUAGGAUAGCAGAAAAGGAAGAUGAAAGAAUGAAAGAGAAGGAAAGAAUGAAGGAAAGAGAGGAAGUGAGAGAACAGAUGAAUGAAAUGAAGAGAAUGAUGAUGGAUGAAAUGGAAAGUAUAAAAGAGAAACUAGAAGAACAACAAAAGACACAAAUAGAGCAUAGGGAAGAAGAAAAUAGAAGAAGAGAGGACAACGAGACCAAUACAAUAAAGCUCCUAAGAACGCUUGAUUAUAAGAUGGAAAACAUGGAAAGUAGAGAUGAGAUACUCUUUGAUCGAUUGGCAGAUAGAUCGCUGAAAGACGGAGAAUUCGUUAUUGCCACAAUAACGAAAAAGAUGGAAGCGAUCGAAGAAAACAUAACUGCAGAAACUAUAGAAUUAGACCGGAAAAUUGGAGAGAGAUUGGGAAGAAGAACAGUUAUGGAAGGAAAUGGAGGAGAGAUGGGAACGAUUGAAGGAGUAGAACAUCAAAUAAAAGAGACAGGAAAGGAGAUAACUGCGGAAAUUACAAAAACUAUUGACACAGUCCUAACCGAAUGCAUGCAAGAUCUGCAUAAUGCAAUCACAUACGGAGGAGCUGCACCGGACGACAAUUCUGCAGUUAUAAAUAAAAUAGGAGCACUGGAAACAAACGUAAAGGAAAACAUAGAGGAGGCAAAGAAGGAGAUAACGGAGAGGAUGAACGAGAACAAAUUGGAAAUUGUAAAAAGUCUGGAAACAUCAACACAAGGGAACACCUUGAUGCAGCAAAGAACACCACCAGCUAAAACUUACGCAGAAGCUGCAAAAAUUAAAAACAAAUACAGACAAAGAACUUUACACUCCAUACUCGUGACAUCCAAGAAUGAGAUGGAUACCGCGGAGGAAGUCAUAGGCAAAACAAAGGAGAUACUGGAGCCAGAGAAGAAUAAAAUACAGAUUGAAAGGAUACGAAAGGUAAAAGACCAAAGAGUGAUCAUUAGUUGUAUGAGUGAGAAAGAAACGGAAAGAAUUAGGGAAAAAAUAAGUAGCAGCGAACACCUGAAAGUGGAGAGAGUGAGAAAUAAGAACCCACUAGUAAUCAUUAAAGAAGUAAAAUUUAAAAUGACAGAUGACGAAAUUAGGAACGCUAUAAAAAACCAAAAUCCCGAUAUCUAUAUUGAACAGCAACGGGAAGAGAAUGGAAUAAAAAUUAAAUAUAGACGCAAGACCAUAAACAACGAAAAAUGCCACAUAAUAGCACAAGUACCAUCAGAAAUGUGGAAAAAAAUGGUCACUAAAGGGCAUCUAUACAUUGAGAUGGAGAGAGUGAGGGUCGAAGACCAGACCCCCCUCAUCCAAUGCACUAGAUGCCUAAAAUAUGGACAUGGCAAGAAAUUUUGCCCAGACAGUGUGGACAGAUGCAGCCACUGCGGAGGAGAACACCUGCGGGCAGAAUGCCCAAACAGAAAAGCAGGAGUCCCCCCGCAGUGCUGCAACUGUACACACGCUGAGCUACAGGACAAUCAACAUAACGCAUUUAGUAUUGAUUGUAAGGUGCGAGAAAAGUGGGACAGCCUCGCUCGGUCAACAACAUCCUACGAAUGAGGACUGCCAAAACCGGAAUAGACAACAUCACAGAAUAACACAAGACACUCAUAAACACAUAAAACACAUAAAGAACACACACAAACAAAAAACAAAAAUAAAAAACAGACACAAACACACAGGACAAAAUCAACACACCAACAACAAUGGUCCGAUGAUUAUGGGGAAGAAUGAUGACCAUUCCAACCAAAUCAGAAGACCAUUGAACGAACAGAACACACAAAAUAUAGAACAAUCCAUAAUGAAUAUGGAAAAUUCUAUAAAAUCAUUACACAAAUCAAACAAAAGAAUAUAUAUAAAUGAAUAUAUAAACAAAUUACGACAUACAAACAGGACUGACUUGACAAAUAAAAACACAAAAUAUGACAGUGAAAAGGAAAGAGGAACACUACAUAUAUUAAAGAAUAUAUACCUAGUGACCUCGAACAAAACAACACAACGGAAGAGACAGUACUUAGCAAAUAAAAAAAUGAAAAAUAUGGACAAACCAGGACAUAAGUAAGCAAUGUAAUAAGUAGGUAACAUGUAAUACAAUUGUGGAUCUAUAAUAUAUAAAAAUAGUAUUUAUAGAUAAGUAAAUAUUGUAAAUGAAUAAAUAACAAAAUAGUAGCAUAAAACACAAAGAGCAUAAGAAACGAAUGUUACAUAAUAUGUAAGAAAUUGUAUAGAAAUAAAGAAACAUAAAAAUUAAGGAUAAAAUGUAAAUAGUAAAAUAGUAAAGAAAAAUUGUAUACCUAAUAAAAUUGGGAAUAUAGAAGGAGAAGGAGAAGAAAUGAAAUGGAAAGAUAAUAUAUAUAGAAAGAAAUGUAACACAAAAAC